AGGGAGGAGAGGAAGAAUUGCACAUGCGACUGCGGAUUCCACAUGCAUAUAAACAGGCGGAUACUAGACGGUUAGUUUGAGUUUAACACACCAAAGCAGCAUCAAAAAAAAAAAAAUCAGACAUCCACAAACAUGUGCUGCAAGGAAGAAGCGGGUCGCUAAGUACUCCGCUCCCCCCUCCUCCUCCUCUUCCUCCAUCGCCAUCCCUCCUCCCCUUGUUCACCUUGUCUCUUCUGGCUUUUAGUGUUGCGUCAGAGCCAAAGAGAGGCAGCCACGAGACAAGCAUGCCGGGGGAGAGCGCUCACAGAUCCGUCAACGAGCAUCCGGGGCUGGGAGAGGAUGAUACCGGACUCCCUGGACCAGGCAAAAGCAGACACCCAUCCACAGCGUCCACGCCCAGCGACUGUGGCUCUUCUCCUUCCGAAAGCGGUUCAAGCCCUUCUCCAAGCACCCCUCAGAAGCUUCUACCGUCACACACAUCCCCGUUUGGACCCCGACUAUUUCAUGCGACAUCAAACUCCAGUGGGACUCCAAGACCUCAACCUGAAGGGUCUGACCAUCGGCAGAACAACCUGCCGAGAUUAUCCGUAAAGUUAGGCGGUCAUGGACCUUGUGGCCGCCUUGUCCCUGUUAAAAUGGAGAGAAUCAAAGUUCUGACCGGUUCCGAGGUGGAGAGUGAUUAUCCAGACGCACAGACCAUGGACACUCGAGUGGUGAUGGGUCAGGAGACCCUCCUUAAACCGUCAGAGAUCCUGAAAGGGGCACGGUCUCAUAGCCGCCGCGAUCAAGCUAGCCCGUCAUCAGUUAGCAAAAGCUUUUCGGAAGCUGAGCCAAAAGUAAAUAAGACCCAAAUGGAAACGCGCAAUGAAGAGUGCAAAAUGAAAAAGCCAGACAAAGAAGAUAAACAAACAGAACAGGCUCCGCCCCCAGCCAAGAGUCUCGCAUUACAUUCCUCGUGUUUGGAGCCUGAAUUCACAAAUGAGCAUUUGAUGAUCAAAAAAGAGGAUCAAAGCUUUGCUAGUGUUGAAGUGCCUUCCCAGUCCGUCCACGAGCAGGCCUGUCCUGUGACUCUCUCCUUUUCCGAGCCGACUUAUUCGGUAGACCCGCUCCGAGUGGGCGUGCCCUCGUCCCUGGACCCCGACUUGUACUACACCGCCCCUUCCACUCCCAUCAAGAUGGCGUCACGCUCCUCACAUCUUAAACAUCAUUCCUAUCCCGGCUCUCCCGCUUUCUCCCCGUCACCGGGCUUACCCUCAGACAGCGAUGACCUCUGCUCCCCAGUGACCUCCCCUUCUGGCUCUUAUAUGACAGCUGAGGGUGGAAGCUGGACCUCCUCCUAUGCAUCCUCGGCCUCGCCCUCUACUUCCCCCAACCCUCUGCUCGCAGAAGACGCACAGGAGGCCCGCGCUUGCUUCGUUGGCUCUUUAUCCGAGAUUGGAGAUGAAGUUGGCGAGGAUAAAAUUAGUCCAGAACGGGAGAAGGUAGGCCAAUUUCCCGAGGAUACCAUCAAUCCUCGGCUUGGGAUAACAGGUACAACAAUUCUUGAAGAGGAAGAGGCUCAAAUUGAAGAAGAUGAGAGCAGGAUUGCUGGAGAAAGUCGUUCUUGUUGGGUGAGGAGCAGUAGCGGCCACACCAGUGACUCCCAGGAGGAUGGCGGAGAGUCUGAAAGGUCCCUCUGUCCAUUAGAGGGGGCUAGCGAGCAUUCACCUCUCAAACUGGACCCAAGCGCAUCUGACAAAAGUGAUCGAGAAGAAACGGCGGCGGUUAAUCCUGCUCGAUCUUCAUCUAACCCGAAUCGUGACCCCCCUGUCCUUCUCCGUAACUCUCUCAGUUCCGAAGCCUUUGCUCAGCUUUGCUCCGCCGGUUCUUUUAUGUUCUCUCCGGCAACUUGCGCUGAGGAUAUGUCAGAAGAAGAAAGGAUGAUCCCCGUCUCCCUCAUCCCAUUUCCUCCUCACACCAGCCUCAUCUUUAAAGCCGAUUCCUUUGAAAUCACUCUUUUCCCGACAGAGGAUGACAACGAAGUAGCCGUGGACAGAAACGAAGGCGAGGACGUUGACGCGUACGCGGCCGGAGAGGAGGAAGCGGAUGUUGAAGAUGAUGACGACGAUGACGAUGACGAAGACGACGACUACGCCGUCAAUGGUCCAAAAAUUGCAGAGGAUGACGACGAUUUGGACGACAGCCGUGAGGUGGUUGAGGAAGCUAACGUGGAAGUCAAAGUCGUCGAGGAGGAAGAAGAUGAAGAAGAGCAGGAUGAUGAAGAGGGAGAGCACGUCAGGGAGGCCGCCAGCGCCGGCGACGAGGAAAGCUCAGGCUCGUUUCUUCAUACGCUCUCAGAGACAUCGAUAAAUGACGGUCUGGAUGACUUCUUCUGCUACCAAGAUGAUACGGAUGACUCAUUAGAUUCCGCUUCCUAUAACGGCGAGGAAGACGAACGCCUGUACAGCACCGAGAGGCACGCACAGUCGUUAGAACCAACGCUCGACUCUACCGAGAAGCAAUCAGAACCGCAGCAGAAUUCUGCCACUGGUCAAACGGAAACUUCUCCCACCCGGCAAAGUCCGAUGACGGAUCGCCUAGACACAAUUUGUCUUUCUGCAGAGAAAUCCGCCGAGACCCAUGAACUAGAACGCAAACCUCCAGAAGACGCAGAAUGUUCUGGUCCAUUAGACCAAACAAAAGAUGAGAUCUCGGCAAAACAAUGUACAACGUUUCUCCAGGAAUCCAAACACGAGCCAUCUCCCCAAUCCACGUCUUUUGGGAUACCAGAAAUGACCAACCCAGGUAACCUGGUUCUUCAAAACCAAUCAACAGAUGAAGAACUUCUGAACGACGUCAGUCCCAAACAGCCCGACGAAACCAGAGAAGAUUCCAUUCCAGAAAGGGAUUCUUACAAACUGCUUAUUAAGCCGAGUCGUUAUGUGUCGGGGAGCGAUGUGGAUGGCGGGGCGAGGAGAAUUUUAUCAUCGCAUUGGUCCUCUGAUAAGGCUGAACGAGAAGAUCGGAACAAGAAGAAUGAAAAUGGCAGAGGAGAGAUUGUCCAUUGCAGAGUCACCGAUUUGGCUUCCUUGACCACGGCUACUAAUGACCUGAACAAAGGUGUCCUUCCUCUCUCCAAUCCUAAAGACCCGAGUCCCAACCCCAGUAACAUCCCAAUCUCCACAUCUCCAGAAGUUAUUCUUGGCCUUGCGGACAAUCUGACUCUGACUCCUGAACAUUGUCCCGGUGACUCCGGUCAGGAGAACCUAAGUACCGACGAGAGGGUACUCGGAGCGUCUGGAUCGCCUCACUCUCCUCUUGCCAUCUCGCCCAAAAGGGAGAACUCAGAAACAGAUACCAGACGGGGAAAUGAUCCUGAAGUCGGGAUUUGGUGUAUUGAUAAAACAGAAUUACAUUCUGGAUCCGUGUCUGAAUUUGAGGUUUGGGGAGCAGGGGAGUCGCUUUCCUUGUCUCUCGGGAAGAAGUAUGACUUUGAGGCUGACAGCGUACUCGUGUGUGACUCACGAGGACCAAGGACGGAGACUCUCAACGUGAGUAGUGAAGCGUAUCAAAACUAUGGUGAUGCUUUUGGUCAUGUUCUGGAAGUGAAAGAUAACAGAAUGGAUGGAAAAAGCCAUCGGGAAGAAGAGAAUGAACUCCAGGGGACGUCCGUGUCCAAUUUGGUUGCUUGGAAGUCCAUUGAGGAGCUCUCAGAAGCAGGUGGAGGCGAAAGAAGAUUCCUGAAUGACGAUGUCAGCAAUUUAAAUCAUGAUAACGCAGACACACCAGAACAAGUAACAUGGAUGGAUUCCAACAAUAAUAACGACGCUACUUUUGAUUGCCUGCAAUUAGGAAUGCCCGAAGGACUGAAUGCUCUGUCUGAAGACGCCAGACCCGAUUGUGUGAGUGUCAAAGUCAGAGAAUCUGUUUCUAAUAUUCCACUUGAGGAGAUGCCGUUUGGGGACAAACAAGUAGCGGAAGACGCGUCUGGAUCGCACGCCGACGUGGGCAAACCUGCAGCAAGCCAGCAUCUGAAAAGAAGUCAAGACGAUCAGACAAUCACCCCGGAUCAUAACAUAACGCUAACCUUACUGGACGGCUACUUUGGUUACUUUCACCCAAGAUGUAAAUCGAAUGCAGAUGAAGGUGCAAAAAAAGUUUUGCAAUCCGAAUCAGACGAGAAGUGGAUGGAGCCUGAAACUAGAAGCCAAAAAGCCAUGGAUGCUAGUUCUGUGACUGACAAACUUGCCGAUGAACCAAAGAUUCAAGAUGCCUUGACGGGACAGCUGUGUGAUCGUUUGAACUCAGGGAUAGAAGAAAAUACUAAGAAAUUAAAGAAGAGAUGUGCAAAGAAUGAUAAAAAGAUCACAGAAAGUCCCUCCUCUCCACAGACUACCUUGGAUAGUUUUGCACAAGACGAUACGGAAGGAGCACUUUGCACAGAGAAAGUUGGCGCCAGUAAGAAAAGCCGAAGACGGAAACAAAACAAGGCCUUGAAGGUGACCGCGAAUUUGGACUCCGGCCUUGACGUUCUUGAUGAAGAAAUAAUUCCCCUUGCUUCCAAAGACGCAAGCUCAAAUGCGUCUGACGGCCUUUCGGUUACAAAUAAGAGCAAAAACAAGAAAACUUCGUCAGUCCAGUGUCAACAGAAGAAAGACAAAACCGGAUCACAGGUUCAAAAGAGUCGCAACUGUGACACCAACACUCCAAUCAACCUCAAAGCUCCAAUAGAAACCAAUAAAGAACAAGAUGGCCGACAGGAAGUGCUCGACAACAGACAGGAAGUGCUUGGCGACAGACAGGAAGUGCUUGGCAACAGACAGGAAGUGCUUGAUGACAGACAGGAAGUGCUUGGCGACAGACCAGAAGUGCUCAACAACAGACAGGAAGUGCUUGGCGACGGACCAGAAGUGCUCAACAACAGACAGGAAGUGCUCGACAACAGACAGGAAGUUCUCGACAACAGACAGGAAGUGCUCGACAACAGACGGGAAGUGCUCGAAUACCGACCGCCGACAAGCGGUGAGAGAAGAAUCCGAGUGGACAUUAACGACAACAACAUCGACCAUGACCAGAAUCCCCCACCGGAGGCUAUCGCACUAUGCACUUCAUUUUCCUCCCCCCUCCUUCAAACUUCCAAAGAGCCACCACGUGACCUUCCCACACCUGUGCAAGAAUCCCAACCUACUCACCAACUCCCUCCCCUCAUCACAUCCUCUCCAGCCGCCACAAAUUCCUCCCAGCAAGUACUUUCCCGCCGAUUUCCUCCCGAUAACAAAAGCGCCACCCAUCCGACGACUCAAUCGGACUCAAGCGUUGCUUCACCAUCUUUUGCCGUAUCCAAGCCAACCCAGGAAUCAUCUUCCAUCUCUUCACACCAUUCCACCAAACAAGGCAGCACAAACAUGUCCGAAGAUUCCAGUUUAGUGGGGAGAAGGACAGACAGUGAGGAGGAUUGCGGACUCCCCAGAUGUGUUCAAGAGUCUGUGGUCAAAGCAGCGGCAAACCCAAGUGGAUCCACGGAAAGAAGUGCCACGUCUGAUCAAAAGGAAAGCAACCCGUUUGCUUCUCAUCGGCUAAACGACAAAGAAUGGGGCUAUUCAGUCAAGCGCAACCACGCAAUUUCUGAAGACUUCAAAAACAGUUCUCUAGUGUCCUGUAACGAGUCCGAUAGUGAGGGCUCGGUCCUUGAGCUGGAGGAGGAGCCAGUGAGACCUCCUCAACCGCAGUCCUUCUCCUCAGCAGACGAAGGCCCGAACAGAACCAAACAGAGCCGCAGUGAGAAAAAGGCCCGCAAGGCCAUGUCGAAAUUGGGUCUGAAGCCGGUCCACGGUGUGACCAGAAUAACCAUCAAGAAGUCCAAGAGUAUCCUGUUUGUCAUUAGCCGACCAGAUGUGUUCAAAAGCCCUGCGUCGGAUAUUUAUAUUGUAUUUGGGGAGGCCAAGAUUGAGGAUCUUUCUCAACAGGCUCACAAAGCUGCUGCAGAGAAAUUCAAGGUGCCUGUGACCUCUACUCCCUUGGCGCCCCCUGUCCCACCCAGCCUGAGCAUCAAGGAGGAGAGCGAAGAGGAGGAAGAGGAGGUGGACAACGGGGGUCUGGAGCAGAGGGACAUCGAGCUGGUGAUGGCUCAGGCCAACGUGUCUCGAGCCAAGGCAGUGCGUGCGCUGAAACAUAACAAGAAUGACAUCGUGAACGCGAUCAUGGAGCUGACCAUGUGAGUGAUGUGGGUCGUUUGAAGCUUGACCUCCUCCUCGUCAACCUAAAGCCCAAACACAACCCCGUAUUGCUGCUACUGUAUGUUGCGUGUCCAAUACCUGCUGAAUAAAUAGCCUUUUAGGAUGCAA